CCUGGAGCAGGCCGAUGAAGUGUAUAAAAGCCAGCGCCUCCGCACAUCCAACACAGAACCAUCUCAUCCCCACACACACUGAGUAUAAUUCGAUACUAUAAGUCUUCAGAAGGUCAUUAGACAUAUCAAUUAAAAUGGAGUUCUGCUUUGGAUUAUUUCCGACACGUGGAUCCAAGAUCUCAUGGAUCAGCCAGAUGCUUCUUUGUUCAAUGCUGUGCAUGUGGACUACUGUGGAGAGCUGGUCUUACUUCUACUCCAAUACCACUAUGGAUUGGGAGCAUGCUAGAUCCUGGUGCAGGAAGCACUACACGGACAUGGUGGCCAUCCAGAACCAGGACGAGAUCGGGCAUCUCAACGCCUGGCUGCCCAGGCAACGCAAUUACUACUGGAUUGGGAUCCGCAAGAUCAACGAUGACUGGACCUGGGUGGGCACCAACAAGACUCUGACAGCAGAAGCAUCCAGCUGGGCAGAGGGUGAACCAAACAACCGCAAGCAGAAGGGUUCCAGGGAGAGCGAGGACUGUGUGGAGAUGUACAUAAAGAGGGAGACGCAGCCAGGCAAGUGGAAUGAUGAGAGGUGCGGGAAGAAGAAGACCGCUCUGUGCUUCGCAGCGGCCUGUAAGAAUGACUCAUGUGGCUAUGGAGACUGCGUGGAAACCAUCAACAGCCACACGUGUGCUUGUUUCGAGGGCUUUUAUGGAGAGAAGUGUGAAAAGGUUGUUAAGUGCGACAAGGAGAAGGUCACUGUCCCUUAUAAAGGAAGUGUAAAAUGCACUCACAAGUAUGGAAACUUCUCCUUCGACUCAUCGUGCGAGUAUUCCUGUGAGGAAGGAUACGAGCUGAGUAUGUCGAGACCCCUGAGAUGCACCGGCUCCAAAGAGUGGUCGGACCAGCCUCCUACAUGUGAAGCCGUCCAGUGUCCGGAGCUGAGUCGUCCUGAAGGAGGAUCCAUGGAUUGCUUCGCUCCUCUGGGCCCCUCCAGGUACCAGACCACCUGUGUGUUUGCCUGUGACGAGGGCUUCAUCCAAGCUGGUUCCUCCUCUGACCCUCUGCAAUGUGAGGCAUCAGGACGUUGGAAUGCCACGCAGCCGUCUUGUGUUGCAAUCACCUGUCAGAAUCCAGAGGGAGCUCCUCACCUGAUCACCACGUGCAGCCGCUCUUCCUCUGAGCUGCGGCUAGGCUCCACCUGCAGCUUUGACUGUGGAGCCGGCUUUGUGCUGCAGGGAGCCGACAACGUCCAGUGUUCUGGUGACGGGCGGUGGAGUAGAGCCAUACCCACCUGCAAAGAAAUGGAAUGUCCUGCCCCCGAGAUUCCAUCAAGUGGCCGCAUCUUCUGCAGCCUCCCUCUGUCCUCAUCUGCAUCUCCCGAGACCCCCCAUCCACUUGGUAUGGUCUGCAAUUUUACCUGUGAUGAAGGCCACGAGUUGGAAGGUGCUCCCAGCAUGGAGUGUGAUCAUCCAGGCCAGUGGACCUCCUCACCACCCACCUGCACAGUUGUUAAGUGUGACAGGGAGGAGGUAACCGUCCCUUAUAAAGGAAGUGUCAACUGCUCUCACAAGUAUGGAAACUUCUCCUUCGACUCAUCGUGCGAGUAUUCCUGUGAGGAAGGAUACGAGCUGAGUAUGUCGAGACCCCUGAGAUGCACCGGCUCCAAAGAGUGGUCGGACCAGCCUCCUACAUGUGAAGCCGUCCAGUGUCUGGAGCUGAGUCGUCCUGAAGGAGGAUCCAUGGAUUGCUUCGCUCCUCUGGGCCCCUCCAGGUACCAGACCACCUGUGUGUUUGCCUGUGACGAGGGCUUCGUCCAAGCUGGUUCCUCCUCUGACACUCUGCAAUGUGAGGCAUCAGGACGUUGGAAUGCCACGCAGCCGUCUUGUGUUGCAAUCACCUGUCAGAAUCCAGAGGGAGCUCCUCACCUGAUCAACACGUGCAGCAGCUCUUCCUCUGAGCUGCGGCUAGGCUCCACCUGCAGCUUUGACUGUGGAGCCGGCUUUGUGCUGCAGGGAGCCGACACCGUCCAGUGUGCUGGUGACGGGCGGUGGAGUAGAACCAUACCCACCUGCAAAGAAAUGGAAUGUCCUGCCCCCGAGAUUCCAUCAAGUGGCCGCAUCUUCUGCAGCCUCCCUCUGUCCUCAUCUGCAUCUCCCGAGACCCCCCAUCCACUUGGUAUGGUCUGCAAUUUUACCUGUGAUGAAGGCCACGAGUUGGAAGGUGCUCCCAGCAUGGAGUGUGAUCAUCCAGGCCAGUGGACCUCCUCACCACCCACCUGCACAGCCGUCCAGUGUCUGGAGCUGACUCGUCCUGAAGGAGGAUCCAUGGAUUGCUUCGCUCCUCUGGGCCCCUCCAGGUACCAGACCACCUGUGUGUUUGCCUGUGACGAGGGCUUCGUCCAAGCUGGUUCCUCCUCUGACCCUCUGCAAUGUGAGGCAUCAGGACGUUGGAAUGCCACGCAGCCGUCUUGUGUUGCUCUAAGGUGCCCGUCGCUCGAGGCUCCAGAAAAUGGUCACAUCAACUGCUCAAACAGCGAUCCCGUGUUCAACACUCAGUGCUCCUUCACGUGCACCCCAGAAUACUCACUGGAUGGGCAUGAGCUGCUGAACUGUGAUCGCCAUGGCAACUGGACUGGGGAGAGACCCACCUGCCAAGCUUCCCCAUCCAAGUUGAGUGCUAUAACUUCUGGUGUGGCAGCAGGGGGCGCUCUGCUAAGUGGUCUGUCUCUUGCUUUUUGGAUCCUGAAACGACUGAAACUGAGGAAAGACACAUUUGAGCUGAGCAGUAACUCCGACAUAGAGGCCCCUCCCCAGGUCUACAAAAACAGCCUUGACAGUCUCAUAUAGAGAUACACUCAGGAUCUUCAGGGCCAACUAAGGACAACGAUAGGCUGUGUGUCUUUAACUUAUCUGUGUGUGAGUCACUGGACAUGGUAAUGUCCUCAAUGUGAAUCCUCGUUAUUUGUAUAAAGCUUGUUUGAGUUCGAUAACAGGAAAACCGCAGUAUGUCAAAGCUAUCAGUGGUGAGAAGAAAUGUUUUCUUUAGAACUUUCCAUUCAUUUCAAUGAGUGUUGUAGUGUUGUUCGGACAUGUACACUAAAUCCUCCCAAGGGGGAUUCUAUAAAGAGCAUAUUGUUCUGCUACUUCAUGUACAUGAUGGAAAUAUGCUCCUAUUCAUGUUAUUGCAAGUGUUACAUAACAUUGUGAGUGUGGUUGGACUGCUGUGUUAUUGCCGACCUGUGAAUACUUUUCUAUAUUGAUUCCAGUAUUUAUGUACCUAUUUAUUUAAUGCAUUUGAACUGUCAAUAAAUAUUUAUGAGUCGACCUUA